AUGAAGCCGUGUAAGGGGGCCGGGAGCUUUGCGCAGCAGCCAAAGAAGAAGGCGCCGCCGCCCGCGCGGCAGGGGGUGAAGCAGACCCCCGUGGUGUUGGCCAGGAUCAAAGGCCCGGGGCCCGCCCAGUACCUGCGGCCGUCCUGCACGGGCUACCUGGACCACGACGCCUCCAUGUUCCGAGAGCCAGUGUACACGCUGCACACCCGGCACUCGGAGAAGCGGGUCACGGACGGGUGCAGCCCUGGGCCCGGCUAUUCCUUGGAUCCCAGAAUAACUCGGUUUGGAAUGUCCAGCUGCCCGCAGGUCCCCAUGGCGGGGCGUAUCUGCAACCUGCGCUUGAGCCCCACCCCAGCGCCUUGCCACUAUCAGUGUGACCAGGGCCCCCCGCUGGGGGAACGCAGGGCUCCUCAGUAUGCUUUCGGCCAGCGGUGCCCGUACCGAGUGAUGGACCCCAACCCGGCUCCCAACCGGUACCAGCUGCCCCUCUCGCUGGGGCCCCACACCCCCGUGUACCGGGCUGCACCCUGCUACAGCCUGGCUGCCCUGGACAAGAACUGGUUCUACAAGGAGGAUGUGGCGGGAGGCCCCGGGCCCGCCGUGCACGCCCGGCCCGAGCCGUCCACCUACCAGAAGCGCAGCCCCGUCUACAGCAUGGCCGGGCGCUUCGCCUACCCGCUGGACCACACGUCCCGGCCGGGCCCCGGCUCCCACGAGGUGCAGCAGGUGACCGUGCACAAGCCCCGCACGCCGGCCUACAGCAUGGGCGUGCGGCACUCGGCCCACCUGUGCCCCCUAGUGGUGGACAUCCGCGACUGA